AUGGCCAGCCUCACAGAUCUCGUUAACAUCGACCUGAGUGACUGCACCGAAAAGAUCAUCGCCGAGUACAUCUGGUUGGCAUCCUUCUGUUCUUGCUCUGAUUUUCUUUUCAGAAUCGUCUUUGCAUUCAGAACACAAUCAUUGCAAGUUACCAACGCAGUAUGUUCUGAGUUCUACUACGUCAGGAUUGGAGGAUCCGGCAUAGACCUCAGGAGCAAAGCAAGGACGGUGAAAGGCCCCAUCACCGAUCCGAACCAGCUGCCAAAAUGGAAUUACGACGGCUCCAGCACCGGGCAGGCUCCCGGAGAGGACAGCGAAGUCAUCCUCUACCCUCAAGCCAUUUUCAAGGACCCGUUCAGGAAGGGCGACAACAUCCUUGUAAUGUGUGACUGCUACACGCCACAAGGCGAGCCAAUCCCCACUAACAAGAGGUACAAUGCUGCCAAGGUUUUCAGCCACCCCGAUGUUGCAGCUGAGGUGCCAUGGUACGGUAUUGAGCAGGAGUACACUCUCCUUCAGAAGGAUGUGAGCUGGCCCCUUGGCUGGCCUGUUGGUGGAUACCCUGGUCCCCAGGGACCAUACUACUGCGCUGCUGGUGCCGAUAAGUCAUUUGGGCGCGACGUGGUUGACGCCCACUACAAAGCCUGCCUCUACGCCGGCAUCAACAUCAGCGGCAUCAACGGCGAAGUCAUGCCUGGACAGUGGGAGUUCCAAGUUGGGCCGUCCGUUGGGAUCUCUGCCGGUGACGAGAUAUGGGUUGCCCGCUACAUUCUCGAGAGGAUCACUGAGAUUGCCGGAAUUGUUCUCUCCCUCGACCCAAAGCCGAUCCAGGGUGACUGGAACGGUGCCGGUGCUCACACCAACUACAGCACCAAGUCGAUGAGGGAGCCCGGCGGCUACGAGGUGAUCAAGAAGGCGAUCGAGAAGCUGGGGAAGAGGCACAAGGAGCACAUCGCCGCGUACGGCGAGGGCAACGAGCGCCGCCUCACGGGCCGCCACGAGACCGCCGACAUCAACACCUUCAAAUGGGGCGUGGCGAACCGCGGCGCGUCCAUCCGCGUCGGCCGCGACACCGAGCGGGAGGGCAAGGGAUACUUCGAGGACCGCAGGCCGGCAUCCAACAUGGACCCCUACGUCGUCACCGGCAUGAUCGCCGAGACCACCAUCCUGUGGAACGGAAACUGA